CGCUAAGAUGAAGCCUCCAACUGGGCAAGGCAUAAGGCUGGCAUACCUUCUCCUGAAUUUGGCUUCCCUCUGCCUUCCCACCCCGCUCUGGAAGGACCGGAACUCCCUAAUGCAGGAGGAGAAAGCCCAUCAGACAGGUGGCAAUUUGGUGCUGAGCACACAGGAACAGCAGCUCAGUACGAAGCUUGUAAACCUCAAGAAGAAGGAGGUUGCAACAGCCAUGACUACAGGACAGUUUCCUCCAAGUAUGCACUUCUUUCGGGCAAAAGGCCUCAUUGAUCAGAGCGCAGUGUUCAGCAUCUUAAAGCGCAUGCCAAAAGGUGCUGUCUUACACCUGCAUGACUAUGCCAUCCUGAGCGUGGACUGGCUGGUGUACAAUGCCACCUACCUCCCCGACUGCUACAUCUGCUUCACCCACACAGGCACCGUUCGGUUUCGCUUUUCCAAGCCUCACCCUCCUCACACAGUGCCAGCCCAGUGCUCCCAGUGGGUUUUGCUGGAGACUUACCGGAAACAGCUGCACGACGUGACCGAGUUUGAUAGCAGCUUGCUGAGAAACUUGACCCUGGUGACGGAUGCCCCUGAGCUGGCCUACCCUUCUCAGACUUUCAUCUGGAAAAGAUUUGAAGAAGUCUUUCUCAUUGCCUCUGGACUUAUCUGCUAUGCACCUGUGUUCAAGGCCUAUUUCUACCAGGGCCUGCUUGAGCUCUAUGAAGAUAACAUACAGUAUGUCGAGAUAAGAGCUAUCCUGCCUCCGGUGUACGAACUCGACGGCACCUGGCACAAUAAAUCAUGGUCCGUGGCAACCUAUCGGGAAGUGACCAGGCAGUUUGUGAAGGAUCACCCUGACUUUCUUGGAGCCAAGAUUAUAUUUACAGCACACAGGAUGCUGAAUGUUUCACAGAUUACAGAAGCCAUCAUCACUGCCAUGGCACUCAGAGCCCACUUCCCAGACACCCUGGCAGGCUUCGACCUGGUUGGUGAUGAAGAUGAAGGUCAUUCUUUAUGGGACCUGAAGGAUGCUCUGACCAUCCCAUAUUCCCUGGGGUUUAACUUGCCAUACUUUUUCCAUGCUGGGGAGACUGACUGGCAGGGCACUUCUAUAGACAAUAAUGUGCUGGAUGCGUUGCUACUGAAUACCAGCCGGAUUGGCCAUGGACUUGCCCUCAUUAAACACCCAGUAGCCAGAAGUUUGUCUCUGAAGAGGGAUGUUCCUGUAGAAGUCUGUCCCAUCUCCAACCAGGUUCUGCUGUUGGUAGCUGACUUGCGGAGCCACCCCGCAGCCAACCUCAUGGCUGAAGGGCACCCUAUUGUGAUCAGCCCUGACGAUCCCCCUAUCUUUGGGGCAAAGGGCGUCUCCUAUGACUUCUAUGAGGUGUUCAUGGCCAUCGGAGGGAUGAAUGCCGACCUGAGGACCUUAAAACAACUUGCACUCAACUCCAUAAAAUACAGUGCCAUGCUACCGGAUGAGAAAGCCAAGGCCAAAGAGGUCUGGCAGAAAAAAUGGGACCAAUUUGUGGCUGACCUCUCUGAUAGCUUUUUGAGGGAGCUUUAGAGGGGAGGAGACUCAUCUCAGAAGGCAUUUGGCAAGCCAGAGCAAGCCAGGCUUAUUGCUAAGCUGGAGACUGCUUCUUCCAUGCGACCUGAGCAGAUGAAAGAACCUCAAAGUUUCACUUGGCAAUGGGCGAUUCUGGUAAGCUAGGCUUAAUGGGCUGAAUGCUAAGAAUGAGCUGUGCUAUCCUGUGAAAGUCAUGGACUGGAGGUAAAAGGGAUCAGUGAGCCUUUACAGCAACAACAAAAGAACACCCUACUCAAAAUAGUCAAAACAACUAAAAAUUGCCAAUGA